AAGUAAACGUCAAUUGAAUUACUAUUGCAUUGAAAUAAAGAAAUAUUUGUCAACAAAAACACAACACUUUGUGUCACAAAACGGAUCCAUUGAAGUGAUAGACGAGAGUCUCAUUGAAAGCCAAACUAUUUGUAUUGUGUUGUAUCGAGUGUUGGAUCAGUUGAAGCAAUGGUGAGCACAGGCGUGAACUAUACGAAACUGAAGACCAAUCUUCGGCUGUCUAUCAAUCGGUUGAAACUUCUGGAGAAGAAGAAGACAGAGUUGGCACAGAAGUCGCGCAAAGAGAUCGGCGAAUACAUCGUGUCCUCGAAGUACGAGAGGGCGAAGAUCAGAGUCGAGCACAUCAUUCGCGAAGACUAUAUCGUGGAGGCCAUGGAGUUGGUGGAGAUGUACUGCGACCUCCUAUUGGCUCGUUUUGGUCUCAUUCAGCAGAUGAAGACUCUGGACGACGGGCUCUCCGAAGCCAUUUCGUCGCUCAUUUGGGUCGCGCCUCGCCUUCAGACCGACGUCCAGGAGUUGAAGACCAUUUCGGAUCUGUUGACCUAUAAGUACGGCAAACCGUACGCUCAGGCGUGUCGUGAGAACGCCCUCAAGACUGUCAACGAGAAGCUGAUGAUCAAAAUGGGAGUUCAGGCGCCGCCCAAGAUAUUGGUCGAGAAGUACUUAAUUGAGAUCGCCAAAAGUCAGAACAUAUCCUACGAACCCGACGCCGAUGUCCUCAGAGAGGAUGAGGUUUAUUGUGCCGAAGAGGCCACGAGUGGAUACCGUCCUCAAGGCAAUUGUCUCAUUGAUUUGGGCAACUCUAUGGAUAAUCGUAACAAUGGUUUCCCUCCGAGUGGUCCCUCCGGUGGUGGAGGAGGAGGUGGUGGAGGAAUGGGUGCAUAUGGUGGAGGAUUGCCUCCAUUGCCUUCUGUGCCUCCGAGCGCUCCGUACCCGACGGCGCCCAACACUAAGCCGAUUGGCUUCAACUUCAACAAUAUGCCAGAGCCGAGCGCAUCCAUGCCAUCGGGUCCUCCGCCUCAUUACGACUCAGUGAUGCCCUCAACAGAUGAUAAGCCAAUGGACUCUAAGCCCAAAGCACUUCCGCGAGGAAAUGCCGCUCCAAAGCCGAAUCCAAACAUCAAUUUAAACGAUUCGUUCCCCGAAUUGCCUUCAGUGCCGACGGGAGGUCUGCCCGACAUUCCGACCAAUGAUCCCAAAGACGAUGGCAUCGAUUUCGACGAUUUGUCCAAAAGAUUUGAAGAUUUAAAGAAAAGAAAGUGAAAUGUUUUGUUAAUUUUGUAAUAAG